AUGAGCCCCCCUAGACUAUUCAAGGCGGACCUUCUUCAGAUUACGCGCUAUGUGCGAGGCGUCUUCGCCGACCAGCCGACGCGCCGAUUUGUCCACGCGUUCUCCCUCUGCGCGUCCACGAUGGAGCUCUGGGUCUUCGAUCGCUCUGGGCCGUACAGCUCGGGGCCAUUCAACAUUCAUGACGAGCCGGAUAAAUUUGCGCGCGCUAUUGUUGGGUAUGCCACAAUGGACGACGAUGCGAUGGGCUUGGACACAUUCAUCGAACGACAGGAUGGGCAUCGCUAUGUCAUACUGGACGACCUAAGUGGCAACGAAUCGAGGAUCAGGCUGAGGGGCCCCAUAGUCAUGCAGAAGGCCGUCGUUUGUCGAGGGACUACGUGCUUUGAGACCCGAAAUAGCCACGUUGCGAAAUUCUCGUGGGCAUCGGAUAAGCGGAAGCUGGAGGUGGAACAGCUAAAGCUAGCAGAAGAACGGGACGUCAAGGGAGUGGCCAAAGUAGUGGCGCAUCGUCAAAUCACUACCAUUGUAGAGUUACGCAAGGGCUUGAAGUUUCCGGAACGUCAUCGGUUCCGGAACGAAGACGUCCACUUUGAUGAAACCCCCUCAGCCACCACAAGCACGAACUCGUCAGGCCAAAAGCGCAAGUCCUCGUCCGACCACACAUCUGAGGACGCGUCCGGAUCCAAGAGGCGGCGGUCCAACAGUCAGAAGUCGAAGCUGGUCCGAAAACCAAAUGGCCAGCUGUCUAUAGGCAGAGCCAAGCCGAGUUUGUAUACGCCUGGAGACGACCUGUGGGAAAAUAGGAUAUAUUCCUGCCUCGUGGUGUCGCCGGCCGGUCGUGUUAUUAGCGACUUUAGAACCAUCAAGGAACUGCUGGAGUCGAUGCAAGAUGCGAUCAAGGCUCAUCAGUCUCUAUACGUCACUGGCAACAUUCUUCACCGCGACAUUUCAUCGAACAACAUCAUUAUUACGAAGCCCGAGAUGGCUGCUGGCUUCAAGGGCAUGCUCAUCGACCUUGACUUGGCGAAGGUGAGAGACAGCGGUCCGAGCGGAGCGCGGCACCAGACGGGCACAAUGCAGUUCAUGGCAGUGGAGGUGCUGCGCAUGGUCGACCACACCUACCGCCAUGACCUGGAGUCGUUCUUCUACGUUUUGAUAUGGCUGUGCGCGCGCCAGUCAUGGAGUAAUGGAUUUGCUGGCGACGAGAAGCCGCCUAAGGAGAGCCUUCUUCGACGAUGGGAAAUCGGCAGCUUCAAGUAUAUUGCAGCUGCUAAAGAAGGUGACAUGACUGUGAACAGGCUAGAAGGCAUCAUGGGCGAAUUCCCAGAGUCGUUAGAUGCUGUUAAGCCGCUCUGUCUGAGGAUUAGGAAGAUCCUCUUCCCCUUGGACGAAGAUGAAAGGAUGAGCUUUGGAACCCCUGCAGGAGACCCAGAUCAACUCUAUACACCCAUUCUAGCAGCAUAUGAUGCUGCUGUUACCGAUCUAUAG